AAUGUUAGACUCAGCUAUGGCUAUUGUUAAAGGUGCUACUCAAAAGAUUGAUGUUAUCAAAUUACAGGGAGAAGAUGGUAGGUCAACAUAUGCUCUGUGUAGUUUAGAGAUGGGAGCCUACAAUGAUGCAAAGGUGAAAACACCCAAGUACUGGUUCCUUGGUCCUUUGAAGAAAAGAUUUACGUACAUGUGGGCUACAGUGAAGAGAUGGCCUCCUGUUGUUGGAGGUACAUUAGAAUACAUGGAAGCCAAAGAGACAGAUGUACCAAAAAGAACUGAAAAGAAAAAGGAGCCACAGAAACAACAACAAAGCUGGAUUACCAGUCUUCUGUACAAAAUAACAGGUUCUAAGAAACCAGUCCAAGCUGUUCAAAUUGAAGAGGAAGAAGAUGAAUAUGAGAAUGAGGUUCUAGUGAAGGAAGAUGUAGAAACAGUUGAGAUAACACUCACCUCUAAUUUAGAUAAACCUCAACAGAAAAUAAAGGGAAUCCAGAUGGGACUAGGACCGGAAAACAUUUCUAAAACUGACUUCAUUUCCGAAGGAUGGAGACGACUUAAUGCAUCUGUUUGGUCAGUGGGCAGUGAUGACAAUAAACAAAUAUUGUGUAGAAAAGUGAAGUUUACACCUAAAGUUAAAAAUGGAGAAGAACUGUGGUAUUCUAUAGAUGGAGAACAAUUUGAAGCUUUGCCAGUUGAAGUGACUUUACUGAAAAAUAAGUUGAAUGUAUUCACCAGUGUUGAUAAAUCUCCAAGCUGAUUGAUGUCUUGAUUAGACAGACAUUUUAUAUUUAUACAGUAUAGCAAAGUUUCACUGCCCUGUCAAGACAUGUAUGAUUGGACAAGUAUGAAAUGUAAAACCCAGCCUAGCUGUACCUAUUAACUGUGAUGAUUACCGUGGGUUAUUGCCCUUUUUAUGUUUAAGAAAUGUACUGGUAUACAAGAUUACAUUGUAUUUAU